UUUUUUACCCAGAAAAAAUGGAACCUCGAAGAACAGCCUGAAAUUCAGUGUUGUCAGUCAAACACUAAAUAAAGCGCACGCUUCUUGCGCUGGAGUUAAUAAGUUCAUGGUUGGGCUUGGGCUUUGGCUUAUUCUCAAAUUGAGAAACCUCACCAAGUCUAGCCCUAAUUUGGUGAGUUCCUACUUCCUAUAGCUACCUGGGCGUAAGUUCAAGAAUGUUUAUAAUCAGGUUUGUCGCUAUGUGAUGAAGAUGGACCGAGCCCAAUCAAAUCAUGUAGAUCGUGGAGAAUGAAACUGACUUGGGGAGCAUGGUUGGAGUUCAUAUUUUUCAAGGAGAUUGUGAAUCUUAAGUAUUAGUAUGUUGAGUAUUCUAUUAUUGCUGAUUUUUAGGAGCAGAGUUCUAUUAUUAUUAGGAGUAGGCGUAGUUUACUACUUCUAUUAGGAAAGGAAUAGUUUUGCGUGAGAGGGUAUAAAAAGCGAGGUUGUAUGUAGUUCGUGGGAAGGAGGCAACUAUUCUAUUGAUUAAUAACAAAACACUGGGAUUUUCAUCUCAACUUUCCUUCGCUUUUACGUGGGUUUAGGCAAGGAAUUCUUCUAGGGUUUUCUCUGCUUUCAUCAAUCUGUCGUGACUCGUGAGUUCCUCUGCUGUCGAUUGCCCCGACUCAUCUCUCUCCCCUUCGCCGACUCUCUCUCUCUCUGUCGCCGUUCCUCCGUCCGUGCCUCGCCAGUCGCAUCCUCUGCCUCUGUCUCAAUUGCACGAGUGAUCGUUGUUGUCUUUAUAUUUACUUCUUGAAGAUGACGACUUCAAAUUCUGAUCAUCAGCUUCAUAACCCAAUGGAUCUCACCGCAAGAGAGCUUGAUCACUUCACCGAAAUUGGCAAAAAAGCUGCCAAUGCUGCCGGUGAAACUCAUCGGAGCUACUUUGGCAAAAAAAUCAAAGUCGAUGAUAAAAAUGGCGAUGGUCCUGUAACAAUUGCUGAUAAAAAAGCAGAGGAAGCUAUGGCUUCGAUUAUACUAGAGAACUUUCCAUCUCAUGCAGUUUUUGGGGAGGAGACUGGAUGGACUUGUAAAGACAAAUUAUCAGUUCCAGACUUUGUUUGGGUUUUAGAUCCUAUAGAUGGGACACAGAGUUUUAUUGCUCGUAGACAUGAUUUUGGUACGCUAAUUGCUCUAUUAUACAAGGGUAAACCAGUGCUUGGCAUCAUUGAUCAACCGAUUCUAAAAGAACGAUGGGUAGGGGUGAAAGGGAGAAGAACAACCAUGAAUGGAGAAGAAGCAUCUGUACGCACUUGCGAAGAAUUGAAACAAGCAUAUGCCUUCUUGAAAGACCCACAUUACAAUGAUGAUGCUAAAUUUUCCUGUGAUAGUCUUGUAUACAAGGUAAAUCAGGUAUUCUACGAUGGGAAUUGCAUGUCUUAUGCUUUAUUGGCUUCAGGGUUUAUUGAUCUCAUUGUUGACUGUGCAUUGGAUCCAUUUGAUUUUCUUGCUCUGAUACCUAUCGUUGAGGGCGCUGGAGGUAUUAUAACUGAUUGGGAAGGACGUGAGCUUUGCUGGGAGGUUUCUCCAUCUUUGUGCUCAAUUCCAGAAGGAGGUUUCAAAGUAUUAGCAACCGGAGAUAAAAGGAUUCAUGAAAUUGUUGUGCUCGAAUUAUCUGGAAAUUGUUGACUGUUUAUUCUGUUUCAGUCAAAAUGUUUUCUGUUUCAAAUCUUCUCAUAUUAAACAAGUCAUUAGCCAACAUCUGGUUUGUAGACAGGACACAGGCCUGUAUCUUAGUGCUGAUUGAAUGAGAAAUUCUUACACAUUCUUCA